AUGGUAGUUGACAUUUCUGUCCUUUCUGUUUUUCAGGAAAGUUCUGAAUUUGAUCUGCAUUUUGACAAAGUAUAUAAAUGGGUUGCUAGCAGUAUAGCAGAAAAGAAUACUUUUAUUUCGUGUAUUUGGAAACUCAAUCAGCGGUAUAUUAGAAAGAAGAUUGACUUCAUCAAUGUUAGUUCCCAGCUUCUGGAAGAAUCUGUUCCCAGUGGUGAAAACCAGAAUGUGGCAGGAACAGACGAAGAGGCGGUGGAUGAAUAUCAAGAAUUAAAUGCUAGAGAAGAGCAAGAUAUUGAAAUAAUGAUGGACGGCUGUGAAUAUGCUAUCUCUAAUGCAGAAGCUUUUGCAGAUAAGUUGUCUAGAGAGCUACAAGUUCUUGAUGGGGCAAACAUCCAGUCGAUUAUGGCCUCGGAGAAACAGGUGAACAUUUUGAUGAAAUUGCUGGAUGACGCUCUGAAAGAAGUGGACCAAAUCGAAUGGAAGCUGAGCAGUUACGAGGACAUGCUCCGGAGCGUGAAAGAACAAAUGGAUCAGAUUUCAGAAAGCAACCAUCUAAUUCGUCUCAGCAACACGAACAACCUAAAACUGUUGUCGGAGAUAGAGUUCCUUGUUAACCACAUGGACUUGGCCAAGGGCCACAUCAAGGCCCUCCAAGAAGGAGACCUCUCCUCUUCACGUGGCAUUGAGGCUUGCACAAAUGCAGCAGAUGCACUUCUACAAUGCAUGAAUGUAGCUCUUCAGCCAGGACAUGAAUUGCUUCAAGCGGUCAAUCAACAACAGCAGCGAUUUAGUGACCUACGUGAGCUGUUUGCCCGAAGACUAGCCAGCCAUCUCAACAAUGUCUUCGUUCAGCAGGGCCAUGACCAGAGCUCCACCCUUGCGCAGCACUCUGCGGAGCUGACCUUGCCAAAUCAUCACCCUUUUCACCGAGACCUGCUCCGGUAUGCCAAACUUAUGGAGUGGUUAAAGAACACGGAUUAUGGGAAAUAUGAAGGGCUGACGAAGAACUAUAUGGAUUAUUUAUCACGCUUGUAUGAUCGAGAAAUAAAGGACUUCUUUGAAGUUGCCAAGAUUAAAAUGACAGGCGCGACCAAGGAAGGAAAGAAGUUUGCCACUCUGCCUCGAAAAGAAAGUGCUGUCAAACAGGAAACAGAGAGCCUUCACGGAAGCUCUGGGAAAUUGACCGGCUCAACAUCUAGCUUAAACAAACUCUCCGUUCAGAGUUCAGGAAGCCGUAGAUCUCAGUCAUCCUCGUUGCUAGAUAUGGGAAACAUGUCCGCUUCUGACCUCGAUGUGGCAGAUAGGACUAAGUUUGAUAAGAUUUUUGAACAGGUCUUAAGUGAAUUAGAGCCACUUUGUCUGGCAGAACAGGACUUCAUUAGUAAAUUCUUCAAACUUCAGCAGCAUCUCAGCAUUCCUGGAACACCCGUGAGUGAUACCGAGGAGACUGAUGGAGGAACUUUAACAAGACCGCACAAUAUUGGUGGGCUGCAAUCAGCAUAUUCAGAGAAUCAUAUGAUCCGGCAAAUGAUGAUAAAAAUAUUUCGCUGUGUAGAACCAGAACUGAAUAACCUCAUUGCUCUGGGGGACAAGAUUGACAGCUUUAAUUCCCUCUAUAUGCUAGUGAAAAUGAGUCAUCACGUGUGGACCGCGCAGAAUGUGGAUCCAACCUCCUUCCUCAGCACAACUCUUGGAAAUGUUUUAGUGACUGUCAAACGAAACUUUGAUAAAUGCAUUAGUAAUCAGAUAAAGCAGAUGGAAGAUGUAAAGAUAUCCAAGAAGAGCAAAGUUGGAAUCCUUCCUUUCGUUGCUGAAUUUGAAGAGUUCGCAGCUUUGGCUGAAUCUAUAUUCAGAAAUGCUGAACGCAGAGGAGAUCUGGAUAAAGCUUACCUGAAACUUAUUCGCGCAGUUUUUGCUAAUGUUGAGAAAAUAGCAAAUGAAAGCCAAAAGACUCCUCGGGAUGUGGUUAUGAUGGAGAACUUUCACCAUAUCUUUGCAACGCUCUCUCGUUUGAAGAUCUCCUGUCUAGAGGCCGAGAAAAAGGAAGCUAAGCAGCAAUACACAGAUUACUUACAGUUAUAUGUGAUCUACUCUUUGGGACAGCCGCUUGAGAAAUUAAAUCACUUCUUCGAGGGCGUCGAAGCCCGUGUGGCUCAAGGAGUGCGAGAAGAGGAAGUGAGCUACCAGCUGGCCUUCAGUAAACAAGAGCUAAGAAAGGUUAUUAAGGAGUAUCCUGGCAAAGAAGUCAAAAAGGGAUUGGACAACCUUUAUAGAAAGGUGGACAAACAUCUGUGUGAAGAAGAAAACCUACUGCAGGUGGUAUGGCAUUCCAUGCAAGAUGAAUUCAUAAGGCAAUACAAGCAUUUCGAAGGCUUAAUAGCACGUUGCUAUCCUGGUUCUGGAAUUACUAUGGAAUUUACUAUUCAGGAUAUUUUAGAUUACUUUUCCAGCAUUGCACAGUCACACUGAAAUUUACCCGGCGCAAGACAAGAGAAGCUCACAAAGUUGCUGGAAAGCAUCACUGACACUGGAAAUUGUCAUUUUGAGGAAUGGCAGGGUGUUCUUAAUUAUCUUCAUACAUAUCAGCAUCUGGCUUAGGCCAGCUUUCCUCAAUGUAACUGCUGUAGUAUAUAAAAUUGGAUUACAGUUCUGAGAAUUCACAGCAGGAUUGUCCUUGGGCCUACUGGCUAAGAAUUAUGAGAAUUCCAGUCCAUUCAGUUGGAAAGUUGGCCUAGGUAAAAGUACUGCCUAAUUGUUGGAUAAAGAGUGUUGAACUAUACAUUUUCACAUGUAAGCGGCAUGUCAAAUGUAUAUUUAUUAUACUAACUUCAUCUGUUUUCCUAAUCCUUUACUUUUAGAAAUUAAUAAGUAUAGAUAUUGUAUCAACAUCUGGUGUUUCCCCCCCCCCUUUGAAAGUGCAUGUUAAUAUGUAGAUUAAUAAGAUGGCUGAGUUUCUGAGAAUUAAUUUACAAGAUUAUGUCAUUGCAGCUCUUUUGAUUUGAAGUAUAUAAAAAAGCUCUUUACAAAAAAAGUACUUAUUUCCUGAGGGAGAUUAUUAGCGGUGCCUCAGCGUGGCACAAAGGAAAAAAAUGCUUUAUUUUUCCAGAAACACCCAGUGAUUGAAGUGAAUGUUCAGUGCAUUGAUUGAGGUUUCCUUGGCAACUCUGAAAUUUUUAGAUUUAGGCCAUCAUAACUAAAUCUGUUUGAAUGGGUUAGGGUUAGAAACAAAAAUGCAAGAUACUACUCUUCUGUAAAAGAACUGUUGAAACUCAACUUGUCUUUUCUAGGUUAUGUCCUAGUAUUUAACCUUUUAACUCACAUGACACAGAAUUCACUUGCCAAUGUAUUUAUCUAUCUCAGUUUCUUCCUCACUGCACCGUUUUUGCUCAAGUUGCUUUAGAUAUCUUCAGUCGAUAAGGAUUCCAGGCGCUGUGGAAAUUACGUUUUCUCACCUACUGGUUUUAUUACUGGUGGAAAUGGUGUGGAAACUGGACUACCUCUUUGCAGAACUUCUUUCUAUUUAGUAGCAAGAAAGGAAUUUGUAGAAAUGUUCGGCUUGUUCCUUCUCACAAAGCUGUUUUUUCACCAUGUACUAUACAAUGAGCAUAUGAAGAAAGCAACCUGAACUAGCAUGUGAUGGUAACAGUUGUCAUGCUAUUUGACCACACUACAAACACAAAUGAUAAUGUGUACCUUGCUUUCAAAGAGUCAAUAUGCCAUGCCACCCUCCCCGAGGAACUCAACAUGUACCUUUCUAAUUCUUAGGCCUAAGAACCAUUUGUUUAUAUUCUAUUUUAGUUGUGUAGCUUCAGUUUGUUGGCCCUCAGACCAUCCUGUAUCCAGGCAAAUAUUUAAAUACUUGUACAGCCUUUCCUGAUUCAAGUGAAAAGGAGAAAGUGCGUUGGAGAAUGAAAUGUGAAUAAAUGUUACCAUGUCGAUCACGCUGUAUCUGUUG